CCGCCAUUAAAGCGAAAGGGGCUCGGAAUUAACCGGCAGGAGCAGCGCCGCGCCGCGCCCCCCGCCCCGCCCCGCCGCGACAUGGGGGAGACGCGCUGAGGGGGGGAGCUGGCCCAGCACCAUGCCGCGGCCGGGCAGCCGCCGACAGAGGCACCGCUGAGGGGGAAGCGAGGAGGAGGAGGAGGAGGAGGAGGAGGACGAGAGCAGCCGGCGGGGGCUUCACGGCACCGACUCCGCCAGCAGCAGCCGCGGCGGGGCCGGGCUUUGUGGGGCUGCCCCCCCCUUCCCCCGCCGCCCUUCCGCCUGCCGAGCCCCCGGGGCCCGGUCGCCGCCUCCCCCCCGCCCUGCCAAGGAGGGGGCCCGCCGUCCACCGCCCCCCCCCCCCCCCCCGACGCCUGAGGAGAGCGGGGGACCCGGCCCGGCCCUGCCCCGCCGGGGGCCCUCAGUGCUCGCUCCCGCCCCCCCCCCCCCCCCCCCCGCAGAAGACACCGCUCCGUUUGAAGACUAUCGUUUUUAUAUUUUUCCUUUUUUUUCUUUUUUUUUUUUUUCGCCUUUAUUAUUAUUAUUUUUUUAAGGGGGCAGCCCCUUUUUAAGGCGUCCCUCCCCGCCGAGCACACCCCCCCCCCCCCUCCUCUUCCCUCAGCCCGAGGGGGGGGACUUGAGGGGCUUCGGCGGUAACUUGGCGGGGGUCGGGCCCCCCUGAAGAGACCCGCCCGGCCCCGUGGACUUUGUGGGGCUCCCCCCGGCCCCGGAGGACAGCUGGGGGGGCGCAGCCACCCCGAAGACACCCCGCGAUCUGCCCCUGCCUCCUCCCCCGAGCAGCCUGGGGAUCGGCCUCCGGGAGCCUCCUCCAGCCGUCCCCGAAGAGACUGCGAGGGGCGCCCACAAUUUCCUCCUUCCAGCCCUCGCCCCCCUCCCUCCUUUCCCCACGGAAGGAUUUUUACCCACCGGAGGAUAUUUUGGUUUUACCCUCUCGACGAAGAGUCUUUUCUUUUCGGGGAGGGGGGUGUUUCCACGGGGGAAUUUAAUCCCCCCGCUGGGCUGCUGAGGAGACUUUUGCGGCCUUUUUCUCUCAAGGAAUACCUUUCCUCCCCUGCCCCCGCAGAUGGUUUUUGGGGUACACCCCAGGCAUUUUUUACUUGUCCAGCCUUUACGAAUUCUUCAGACUUGCCUUGCUUCAGGCCCCCGAAGUUUGUUUUUAUGAUUUAAGAUUUUAAUUUAUUGGAAUAUUUUUUUGGAGCGGGGGAGAAGAAUCUGAUCCCCCCCACCCUGUUGCCCUCGGACUCCGAAGAGACGAGCCUGGAUUUUUCUCUCUCCCACAACCAACCCUUCCCAGUCAUUCCGCUGUUUGCCCCUUUCUCAUCUGAUCACUAAAGAAACAGGAGGAAGAGGAGGGAGGUUUCUGGAUUAAUUGCCCCUAUCGGAUUAUUUAUUUUCCUACUUCUCUUGCUCGGCAUCUGAGAUAAGAGGAAGGAGGGAUGUCAACUGAUUUUUACCCCAGCCCCCUGGAUUAAUUACCCCGUUUUUAUUCUCCUGUUGGAUCAAUUACCCCUUCACCUUACCUCCUCUCCCUCCCCUCCUUAUGCGAAUGAGAAGACAAGAGGAACAGGGAGGAUUUUGAUCUUAAUCUCCUGUCGUUGGAUUACUUACCACCUCCCUCUUUCUGGUCUCCCCUUCCCCCCCCCCCCCCCCAUUUGAUAUCCAGAAGAAGAGAAAACGUUCCGAGUUUCUCUCGCUCGCUCUCUCUUUUUAAAAAAAUCGUUAUUUUUUUUUUUUUAAAAAAAAAACUCUCUCUUACACAGCUCUCCUCCCGGGCUAUUUACCCAGCCCCUAUUUCGUGUGCGUGUGUGUGUGUGUGUACGUAUGUAAAUCCCUUAUUUAAUUGCAUUAUUAUUUGUGCGUGUGCCUCGCCCCCCUCCCCCCGUUCCCUCGCAGUGUCUGUCUCUCUCUCUCUCUCUCUCUCUCUCUCUCUGUCUGUCUCUUUCUUUCUUGUCGGAGGCUGUGGGAUAAUGGCGUGUGGGUUGUGGCUGUGAGGAUGAGUUCCUGCUUCGUGCCGAACGGGGCCAGCCUGGAGGAUUGCCAUUCCAACCUCUUCUGCCUGGCUGAUCUAACUGGGAUUAAAUGGAAGCGAUACGUAUGGCAGGGUCCAACGUCUGCCCCAAUUCUCUUCCCGGUCACGGAAGAGGACCCUAUUUUGAGCAGCUUCAGUCGCUGUCUGAAGGCGGAUGUACUCAGUGUUUGGCGUCGAGACCAGAGACCUGGACGCAGGGAGCUAUGGAUAUUUUGGUGGGGUGAUGACCCCAACUUUGCUGACCUAAUUCAUCAUGAUCUCUCAGAAGAGGAAGAUGGUGUUUGGGAGAAUGGACUUUCUUAUGAAUGUCGCACUCUGCUUUUCAAAGCCGUUCACAACCUGUUGGAGAGGUGUUUAAUGAAUCGGAAUUUUGUGCGCAUUGGGAAAUGGUUUGUGAAGCCCUAUGAGAAAGAUGAAAAACCUAUAAACAAAAGUGAGCACUUGUCCUGCUCGUUCACCUUUUUCUUACAUGGGGAUAGCAAUGUUUGUACCAGUGUGGAGAUCAGUCAGCAUCAACCUGUGUACCUGCUUAGUGAAGAACACCUCACCCUUGCCCAGCAGUCUAACAGCCCUUUUCAAGUUAUUCUAAGUCCCUUUGGAUUAAAUGGCACACUCACAGGGCAGUCAUUCAAGCUUUCUGAUUCAUCGACAAAAAAGCUUAUUGGUGAAUGGAAACAAUUCUAUCCUGUCACAUCUAACUUGAAGGAGGGGUCUGAGGAAAAGCAAGAAGACAUGGAUUGGGAAGAUGAUUCUUUAGCUGCUGUCGAAGUCCUUGUCGCUGGUGUGCGAAUGGUGUAUCCAGCGUGCUUCGUUCUAGUUCCUCAGACAGACAUCCCUGCUCCUAGUACUGUUGGGGCGUCUCACUGUUCAACUACUUGCUUGGGUGUCCACCAAGUGCCUGCUUCCACAAGAGAUCCUGCAAUGUCUUCAGUAACUCUAACUCCACCGACAUCCCCAGAGGAAGUUCAAACAGUUGAUGCUCAGUCUGCCCAGAAAUGGGUGAAGUUUUCCUCAGUUUCUGAUGGAUUUAUCUCUGACAGUACUAGUCAUCAUGGUGGCAAAAUACCUAGAAAACUAGCUAAUCAAGUGGUGGACAGAGUUUGGCAAGAAUGCAAUAUGAACAGAGCACAGAACAAGCGGAAAUAUUCUGCUACAUCAAACGGCUUGUGUGAUGAAGAGACAGCUGACAAGGUAGCAUCCUGGGAUUUUGUUGAAGCCACGCAGAGGACAAAUUGCAAUUGUUCAAGGCACAAAAAUCUCAAACCAAGAAAUUCAGGUCAGCAGGGGCAGGCACCACCUGUGGGCCAGCAACAGCAAGCAGCUCCAAAGCACAAGACAAAUGAGAAGCAAGACAAAGGGGAUAAGCCACAAAAACGCCCUUUGACUCCUUUUCAUCAUCGUGUAUCUAUCAGUGAUGAUGUUGCCAUGGAGGCAGAUUCAGCAAGUCAGAGGCUUGUGAUGACUGCACCAGACAGUCAAGUGAGAUUUUCAAAUAUCCGAACUAAUGAUGUAGCAAAGACUCCUCAGAUGCAUAAUGCUGAAAUGGCAAAUUCACCUCAACCACCACCACUUAGUCCUCACCCGUGUGAUGUAGUUGAUGAAGGGGUAACUAAAGCUCCUUCUCCUCAACAUUUCUACCAGAUGCCAACGCCAGAUCCCUUGGUUCCCACAAAAACAAUGGAAGACAGACUUGAUGGCUUAUCUCAGCCUUUUCCAGCUCAAUUUCCAGAAGUUAUAGAGCCUACAAUGUAUGUUGGUACUGCAGUGAAUUUGGAGGAAGAUGAAGCAGAUACUACUUGGAAGUAUUAUAAAGUUCCAAAGAAAAAGGACGUGGAAUUCUUACCACCUCAGCUUCCAAGUGAUAAAUUGAGAGAUGAUGCAGUAAUACCUACUGAACAGGAAAACAUAACAUCAGUUACAGAAUUAAUGGUGCAAUGUAGGAAGCCUUUAAAGGUUUCAGAUGAACUGGUGCAACAGUAUCAGAGUAAAAACCAAUACCUAGCAGCAGUAGUGUCAGAAGCUGACCAGGAACCUGAAAUUGAUCCUUAUGCCUUUGUUGAUGGCGAUGUGGAAUUCUUAUUUCCCGAUAGUAAAAAAGAUAGGCAGAACAUCGAGAGGGAAGCUGGGAAGAAACACAAGGCUGAGGAUGGUGCAUCCAGUGUUACAGUUUUAUCUCAUGAAGGAGAGGACGCUAUGUCUCUGUUUAGUCCUUCUGUCAAGCAAGAUGCCCAACGUAUUGCUGCUCAUGCUCGCACUGCAUCAACUAGCCUGUUCCAUGAAACAGACUUGGUGGUCUCCUAUACUGACCUUGACAAUCUCUUCAAUUCUGAUGAGGAUGAACUAACCCCUGGAUCUAAAAGAACAGUGAAUGGUGCUGAUGACAAAUCCAACUGCAAAGAGGCAAAAGCAGGAAAUUUAGACCCGCUGUCAUGCAUAAGCACUGCAGAUCUCCAUAAAAUGUAUCCAACUCCACCUUCAUUGGAACAGCAUAUUAUGGGAUUUUCACCAAUGAACAUGAAUAAUAAGGAGUAUGGCAGCAUGGACACUACACUUGGAGGAACAGUACUUGAAGGGAAUAGCUCUAGUGUGGGGGCUCAGUUCAGAAUUGAAGUAGAUGAGGGUUUCUGCAGCCCCAAACCUGCUGAAAUAAAGGAUUAUUCUUAUGUUUAUAAACCUGAGAACUGCCAAGCCUUAGUGGGAUGUUCCAUGUUUGCACCACUGAAGACACUUCCCAGCCAGUGUCUCCCUCCCAUCAAGCUGCCAGAAGAAUGCAUUUAUCGCCAGAGUUGGACUGUGGGAAAGUUGGAUUUACUUCCUCCAGGACCUGCCAUGCCAUUCAUCAAAGAUGGUGAUGGAAGCACUAUGGAUCAAGAGUACGGCCCUGCAUACACACCACAAACUCAUACUCCGUUUGGGAUGCCACCAAGUAGCGCACCACCCAGCAACAGUGGAGCUGGAAUUCUCCCUUCUCCUUCCACCCCUCGUUUCCCAACUCCUAGAACACCAAGGACUCCUCGGACACCUCGUGGAGCUGGUGGACCGGCAAGUGCACAGGGUUCAGUCAAGUACGAGAACUCUGAUUUAUACUCACCAGCUUCCACACCGUCAACAUGUAGACCGCUUAAUUCUGUUGAACCUGCAACUGUGCCUUCCAUUCCAGAGGCACACAGUCUUUAUGUGAAUCUCAUCCUUUCGGAGUCUGUAAUGAAUCUCUUCAAAGACUGUAACUUUGACAGCUGCUGCAUAUGUGUUUGCAAUAUGAACAUCAAAGGUGCUGAUGUUGGAGUUUACAUUCCCGAUCCAACGCAAGAGGCCCAGUAUAGGUGUACCUGUGGUUUCAGUGCUGUUAUGAAUAGAAAAUUUGGCAACAGUUCUGGACUGUUUCUUGAAGAUGAAUUGGAUAUUUUAGGACGUAAUACAGAGUGUGGCAAGGAAGCAGAAAAACGCUUUGAAGCUCUCAGAGCUACUUCUGUUGAACAUGGCAGUGGAGGACUGAAAGAACCUGAGAAACUGCCUGAUGAGUUAAUACUGUUGCUGCAAGAUCAAUGCACCAACUUGUUCUCACCAUUUGGAGCAGCAGAUCAAGAUCCUAUCCCCAAAGUCAGUGCAGUUAGCAACCUGGUACGUGUAGAAGAAAGGGAUUGUUGCAAUGACUGCUACUUAGCCUUGGAACAUGGACGCCAGUUCAUGGACAAUAUGUCAGGAGGAAAAGUUGAUGAAGCACUUGUGAAAACGACUUGCUUGCACCACUGGUCAAAAAGAAAUGUUUUGGAUGUGAGCAUGCAGUGUUCCCAGGACAUCCUGCGCAUGCUCCUCUCGCUCCAGCCAGUUCUUCAGGAUGCAAUUCAGAAGAAGCGAACAGUCCGAUCUUGGGGUGUGCAAGGCCCUCUCACGUGGCAACAGUUUCACAAAAUGGCUGGCAGAGGCUCUUACGGAACUGAUGAGUCCCCAGAACCACUGCCAAUCCCAACAUUUUUGUUGGGAUACGAUUAUGAUUUUCUGGUGCUGUCUCCAUUUGCAUUGCCGUACUGGGAGAGGCUGAUGUUGGAACCUUAUGGAUCUCAGAGAGAUGUUGCUUAUGUUGUGGUGUGCCCUGAGAAUGAGGCUCUGCUAAAUGGAGCAAAAAGCUUCUUUAGGGAUCUGACUGCAAUAUACGAGUCAUGCAGACUGGGUCAGCAUAGGCCUAUCUGUAAAUUACUGCCUGAUGGAAUCAUGCGAGUUGGACCUACUGCUUCAAAGAAACUUUCUGAGAAGUUGGUCACAGAAUGGUUCUCACAGACAGCUAAUGCCAACAAUGAAGCAUUUUCCAAACUGAAAUUAUACGCCCAAGUUUGCAGAUAUGAACUAGGUCCUUAUCUUGCUUCUCAGCCUUUGGACAAUUCUUUACUUUCUCAAACAAAUCUGAUCCCUCCCCCAAGCCAACCAGCCUCUGCUCUGCCCCCAGCGACAGCUAAUGCUGGAAAUCCCAACACUCCAUCGUCUGCUCCUGGAGCUCCCACCAGUAGUACUAUGACAGCAACAUCAACUAGUGCCAUGUCUUCUGCAGCUACUACAGCUAAUUCAACUUUGACGACCACUGCCACGUCAUCCUCUUCUGCUAAUAUAGGCAGUGGGAUACCAACAAACAAGCCUUCUUCAUUUCCACCUUUUAGCAGUAUGAACAAUACCACUUCUGCUUCCCUGCCUGCUCAGGCUGCAACAGUCCAAAAUGGGCAAACAGGAGGACAGCAGCAACAGCCGACACUUCAAGCAGCAGGGAUGUCUGCGGAUAGUACUUCAGCACCUGCACAGCCCCAUCCAGAGGUUUCUGAAAGCACUAUGGAUCGAGAUAAAGUUGGAGUCCCUACAGAUGGAGAUUCACACGCUAUCACCUAUCCACCUGCAAUUGUAGUUUACAUAGUUGAUCCUUUUACGUAUGAAAAAAAGGAUGAGAACAGUAGCUCGUCUAGCUUGUGGACGCUUGGACUUCUGCGCUGCUUUUUAGAGAUGGUUCAGGUUCUUCCUCCCAACAUCAAGAAUAUAAUUUCUGUGCAGAUUGUCCCAUGUCAGUACCUUCUGCAGCCCGUGAAACAUGAAGACCGGCAGAUUUAUACUCAACAUUUAAAAUCUUUGGCAUUUUCAGCAUUUACUCAGUGUCGGAGACCUCUUCCAACUUCCACCAAUGUGAAAACAUUAACUGGCUUUGGUCCAGGUUUAGCUAUGGAAACUGCUCUUAAGAGCCCUGAUAGACCUGAGUGUAUUCGACUCUACACCCCUCCUUUUAUACUGGCUCCUGUAAAAGACAAGCAAACAGAACUAGGAGAAACUUUUGGAGAAGCUGGCCAGAAGUAUAACGUACUUUUUGUAGGCUACUGUUUGUCUCAUGAUCAAAGAUGGCUUCUUGCAUCUUGUACAGAUCUCUAUGGAGAACAGCUAGAGACUUGCAUAAUUAAUAUUGAUGUACCAAACAGAGCUCGCAGGAAAAAGGGCUCUGCCCGCAGACUUGGUCUUCAGAAACUCUGGGAGUGGUGCUUAGGACUUGUACAGAUGAGCUCUUUGCCUUGGAGAGUUGUAAUAGGACGUUUAGGAAGAAUAGGACAUGGGGAAUUGAAAGAUUGGAGUUGUUUGCUGAGUCGCCGAAAUCUUCAGUCCCUCAGUAAGAGACUAAAAGACAUGUGCAGAAUGUGUGGCAUCUCUGCCGCAGACUCUCCCAGCAUUCUCAGUGCUUGUUUGGUGGCAAUGGAACCACAGGGGUCCUUCAUCAUAAUGCCAGAUUCUGUAUCGACUGGCUCUGUAUUUGGACGCAGCACCACUUUAAAUAUGCAGACAUCUCAGCUGAAUACCCCACAGGACACGUCGUGCACUCAUAUACUUGUGUUUCCCACAUCUGCUUCUGUGCAAGUAGCAUCGUCAACUUAUACCACUGAAAACUUGGAUCUGGCCUUCAACACAAACAAUGAUGGAGCAGAUGGAAUGGGGAUCUUUGACCUGUUAGACACUGGAGAUGAUCUCGAUCCUGAUAUUAUAAAUAUACUUCCUGCAUCCCCUACUGGAUCCCCUGUACAUUCUCCAGGGUCCCACUACCCCCAUGGAGGUGAUAUGGGCAAGGGUCAAGGUACAGAUCGAUUGCUUUCAACGGAAUCUCAUGAUGAAGUAACAAAUAUACUGCAACAGCCAUUGGCCCUCGGUUAUUUUGUGUCAACUGCCAAAGCAGGUCCAUUGCCUGACUGGUUUUGGUCAGCAUGUCCUCAAGCACAAAAUCAGUGUCCCUUGUUUCUUAAGGCCUCUUUGCACCUCCAUGUGCCUUCAGUGCAAUCAGACGAGCUACUCCACAGUAAACACUCCCAUCCACUUGAUUCUAAUCAAACUUCUGAUGUGCUCAGGUUUGUUCUGGAACAGUACAAUGCACUCUCCUGGCUAACCUGUGAUCCUGCAACCCAGGACAGACGGUCAUGUCUCCCAAUUCAUUUUGUGGUGCUGAAUCAGUUGUAUAACUUUAUCAUGAAUAUGCUGUGAUCUUCAUCUGAAUUUUGCAAGACAAAAAUGAGGAAAAGGGAUAUUUCACUGCAGGACUAAGUUAAAAUUCUUCUCAGUGCAAGUUGUUUGUGGUGGGGUAUGAAUCUUGUUACUUCCAGCAAAUAUUGUUUUGACUUGUGAGAGGGGUACCUAUUUACCCUGUUGUCUUUGAGUCACUGACUAUGGGGGACGCUUUAGAAUGAUGAUCAGAAAGUGUAUUAUAACAUUUUUAGUAGCAGAAUUAACCAUUUUCCCCAGUCACAGUAUUUGUGAAGAGUAAUGAGCCAUAGUACCCAGUCAUGGUUAAUGAAUAUUAAAAGCAUGGAGAUGAGAAGAAACACGAGGAACAAUGUUUCAACCUAUGGCUUCAGAACAUCAAGAUGUUCUUGUAUUGGAUUAUAGUACCUAGUAUUCAAAAAUGCCUGCAUCUCUUAUUUAUUGUAAGUUUUUAAAUGUAUAAAUUGUCUUAUAUUUCUUAACCUCUUUUAUAAAAAUUUUCCUAGAAGGUUUAUACUGCCUUCUUGCUUUAAAGCAAUUGGUCUAAAAUAUAUGUAAUCGUCUUAAUUAAAAGUUGCAGUAGGUU